AUGAUUUCCUUAAGAGCAUUAUUUGAUCUUGUUACGUUGCCAAUUAAAUUAUUGUUGGCGUUGUUAAAGUAUCCUAUUUUUGGUGGUGUCAACAAAAGAUACAAGAAUGAUUUGGCGAAUUCUUUGAAAGUUAUUCUUUGUCGUUCUUUGAUUAAUUUCCCUGUUAAAGAUACCCCAAUUUUUGCAACUACACCCACAGGCGACAUGAUUAACAAAGGAAUUGGUAAGACCUAUCCCAAUAUGACUAAAUUGCCACAUUUUGGUGAGAAGUUUGAUAAGCAAAGUUAUUGGCUUGUUGAAAGUAAGAACAGAAAACCAAAUGACCCGGUUUUGAUUUACUUGCACGGUGGUGGCUAUUUCCUUGAUGUUGCACCACAACAGAUUGAAACUUUAUUGAGUAUUUAUCAUUUGUUAGAGCCAGCAAAGAAACUGAGAUUCUCGAUUCUUGUGUUGAAUUAUAAUUUGACAUCCAAAGGUUUUCCUGUUCCGCACCAAUUAGCUCAGUUAGUUGAUACUUACACUUCUUUGGUUAGAGGAGGAUCUGAAAAUCUCUUAUUAAUGGGUGAUUCUGCAGGUGGUAAUUUGGCUAUAACUUUUACCCAAUACUUGAGAUUGAACAAGCCAAACUUGCCUUAUCCUAGAAGUGUUAUUUUGGUCAGUCCUUGGGUCAAAUUAAUCCCAGAAGUGUAUCAAAAUACUCCAGGCCAUUCAUACUAUAAUUACUCUGCUAACGAUGUGAUCCAAUAUGAUCGUUUUUCCAGUGCUGAAGUUUAUCAAGGUACUCUUGGUAACACAAAACUCAAGUCGUUAACUGUUUCUCCAGGAAAUUGUCCUUAUGAUCCUAAAGAUUGGGAAGAGAUUGAUACUUACAGAAAACCGGGAUACUCUGUGUUUGUUCUUGCCGGAGAACACGAAUCGUUCCGUGAUGAUAUUUUGGAGUGGUCUAAAUACGCGUUGGAUUAUCCUAUUCCUCCAAACUUGGGAAACUCGGAUGGUGUCUACAACCCUAAGAUUCACAAAUACAUUAGAAACAACAAAGAUUCUGCUCAUGUUGAUGUAAAUAUUGAACCUUUGGGUGUUCAUGAUGUCUGCUUUUUUGAAAAUUUGUUGCUUUCAAAAUUAGAAAAUGAUGCUAAUUUGACUAUUGAUGGUGUUGAUGCAAAACAGUUCUUUGCCAUCGUUAAUAUCGUCAAAUUUCUUGAUACUGUUUUGCCAGGAAAGUAG